CAAGAUUCAUUUUCUCUUAGAGCUCUGCCAAUUUCACUUUCCAGUUUCAAUUUCUCUGGCCUAAAAUCAAUUGCAGAGGAAAUGAGGCUAAGGAAUCAGGUGAUGCUUCCAUAUAUAGGUCUCUGUGGCAAUUACUUGAGGCAGAGGAGAUUUCUGAAGAGCACAGUAGCCUAAACUGCAGCCUUUCAGAACAGCUGAGAAGUUCACGGCAAUCAUGGGUGAGACCACAAAGAACUCCUUGGAGAGCAGCCUGAGGCAACUAAAAUGCCAUUUCACCUGGAACUUGUUAGAAGGAGAAAAGUCCUUGGAUAAUUUUGAAGACCGAGUGUGUAACCAAAUUGAGUUUCAGAACAGUGAAUUCAAAGCCACGAUGUACAAUAUAUCGGCCUACAUAAAACACCACAGAGGCCAAAACGAGGCAGCCCUGGAGUGCUUACGGCAAGCUGAGGAGUUAAUCCAGCGAGAGCACGCUGACCAAGCAGAAAUCAGAAGUCUGGUCACCUGGGGAAACUAUGCCUGGGUCUAUUAUCACAUGGGCAGACUCUUGGAAGCUCAGAUUUAUGUAGACAAGGUGAAACAAGUGUGCAAGAAGUUUUCCAGCCAUUAUAGAAUUGAAAGACCUGAAAUAGAUUGUGAGGAAGGGUGGUCACGGUUAAAGUGUGGAGGAAACCAAAAUGAAAGGGCAAAAGCAUGUUUUCAGAAGGCUCUGGAAAAGAACCCAAAGAACCCAGAAUUCACCCCUGGAUUGGCAAUUGCGAGCUACCGUCUAGAUAACUGGCCACUGCCUCAGAAUCCCGUUGACUCUCUGAGGCAAGCCAUUUCGCUGAAUCCUGACAACCAGUAUGUUAAAGUCCUCUUGGCUCUUAAACUUCAACAGCUGGGCGAAGAAGGUGAAGGAGAGAGGUUAGUUGAAGAAGCUUUGGAGAAAGCCCCGCAUGCAACAGAUGUGCUUCGCAGUGCAGCAAGGCUGUAUCGAAGCAAAGGUGCCCUGGACAAAGCUAUAGAACUGCUUAGAAAGGCUGUAGAAUGCAUGCCAAACAAUGCCCACCUGCAUUACCAUAUUGGGUGCUGCUAUAGGGCAAAACUCCUCGAAAUACAGAAGGUAGGAGAGAAUGAGGUGUACGGGAAAAGAGAGAAGGUACAGGAACUAAUAAGACGAGCUGUGGAUCAUUUAAAGAAAGCUGAUGAGAUCAAUGGAAAUCUCUCUCAUGCCUGCUCCUAUCUUGCCUGCCUCUAUGCACAAGCAGGGCAGUAUGAGGAAGCAGAGUAUUACUUCCAAAAAGAAUUCAGCAAAGAGCUUACUUCUGUAGCCAAACAAGUGCUCCAUCUGCGAUAUGGCAACUUUCAGCUGUAUCAAAUGAAGUGUGAAGACAAGGCCAUCCUCCAUUUUAUAGAGGGUGUGAAAAUAAACCAGGAGUCCAAGGAGAAAGAAAAGAUGAAAAACAAGCUGGAAAAAAUUGCCCAAACCAGACUGUCUAGAAACAGAGCUGAUUCUGAGGCUUUGCAUCUCUUGGCAUUUCUUCAGGAGGUAAACGGAGAAACGGGACAAGCAGAUGAAAACUCUGAAAGGGAUUUGGACUCUGGAAGCCUCAUGCCUUCAGCAUCUUUAGCUGAGGAAUGAGGAACCUGGACAUGGCGCCCUCAGGGCUACUGCUAGAAGGGAGCUGAAACCCCUCAACCAAGUUCGUAUUCAAAAUAUUUAACAACUGGUGUGUCAUAGGCAUGCACUAAGACACUGGCCACCGUACUAGAUCAGGGUUAUGGAGAAUUCUUCUGGGCCAGGUGUUAACACUUGAAUUGCUCAAGGAGUUCUGGGACAGGCAUUAGGUUGGGGGUAGGUCCUGGGGCUUGGUAAAGGGGCUAUUUUCCAAUGGAAUUCUUGGGAUCGGUUUGCACAGGGACAUUUGCUUAGUCACCCUGCAUAGGGUGAUGCCUGGGGUAUGUUUCUAUGUUGAUAUAAAGCAGCCAGAUUGCUCACACCGGUAGCAAUGUGGUCCAUUUUUACAAUGUUUUUCCAUCCUUGGAGUCGUUUUAGAUCCUGUACAGCUCAGCCCUGCAUAGGCACUAAUGUGCUGCGUCCAUCCAAAGGCUGGAGGAACAAAGCUUAGAGAGGGCUUGGUGUCCCCUCUCUCACUUCUGCCUCCUUCCCCCUUCUCCUCCCCAGGCAAUCCUCAAUCUAGACUCUCCUACAUAACAUGGGUUCAAGUGUCCCAUUAACUGAGGUGGGAACAUAGUUUGAAAAAAAGAGCAGAGAACAGGUCAAAUCUAGAAGGCACAUAUCUAGCAGAAGCAAUGUGGUCCAGGCAACCACAAUAGCAGAGUUUCAGGAGCCACGCAGGGAAAUUUUACCUCCUCUCUGCCCUGCCUGGAAUCAUAAUACAGCAUGUGAAGAACAAAAGAAA